GGCACCUUCAGACCCCGUGAAACCAUCCUCCGUGUCCUGAACUUCAUUAAAUACGCCAUGGUUGAGCCUGUCCCGCCUUUUCAAUUGCACUUGCCUUCGCGCGAUACUGGGACCACCCUGGACGAGAGGCCAGAUGAACUGCUGUGCGACUUAGGGCUG